CAUGCCAACCUCAAUUCCUAGUGAAGGAAGCACUCCAUUGACAAGUAUGCCUCUCAACACCACGCCAGUGGCCAGUUCUGAGGCUAGUACCCUUUCAACAACCUCUGUUGACACGAGCAAACCUGUCAUCACUGCUACUGAAGCCACUUCACCUCCUACAAUUGCUGAAGGUACCAGCAGGCCAACCUCACCUCUCAGUGAAGGAAGCACUCCAUUCACAAGUAUACCUGUGAGCACCACACUGCAGGCCAGUUCUCAGGCUAGCACCCUUUCAACAACUCCUGUUGACACCAGCUCACUGGUGACGACUUCAACUGCAGCCAGUUCAUCUCCUAGAACUUCUGAAGCCAGUUCAUCUCCUACAACUGCUGAAGGCACGAGCAUGCCAUCCUCAACUCCUAGUCAAGGAAGCACUCCAUUAUCAAGUAUGACAGUGGGCACCACGCAGCAUGCUUUCAGCACCUUCUGUUGGCACCAGCACACCUGUGACCACUACUACCCAAGUCAGUUCAUCUCCUACAACUCCUGA